ACGUCAAACAUACAUCAAAUAAAAUGUCAUCCAGAGAUUUAAUCACUACCAGCUAUUCAUAUAAAUAAUUCUCAGAAUAAUCUGGUUUCAUUUGUGUGAAGAAAAGAGCAGUGAUUAAAUUAUCUUAAGAAACUUAAUAAUGAAUCAAAUAAGAAGUCUGUUUAGUUUAUUUCAUCUCCUAAACUUUGCUUUUUCUGACCACCACAGCUUCACUUUGCUUGGCCCUGUACAAAGAGAUUUACCAAACACAGACGACGCAUAUCAAAAACUGAUCGAUUUGAAAAACUUCACAUUCCUCAUUAAUCCCAAGGUUUGUCGGAACUUCACGAAAUUGCUCCUAGUGACCAUAGUUUUUUCAAAAUGGACAUAUUUCGAAAAACGGAUGCAGAUACGAGAAAGAUGGGACGAGCCUGUGUGGACUAAAGUUAUAUUCCUCAUAGGUUUAACACCUGCAGGUGAUAUAUCUCAUGAUAUACAGAAAGAGAGUGAUAUAUACGGUGAUAUUGUCAUGGGUAAUUUCAUUGAUUCAUAUCGUAACCUGACUUAUAAACACGUGAUGGGUCUGAAAUGGGUGACGCAUCAUUGUCCCAUGGCGAAAUAUGUUUUAAAAGUGGAUGACGAUGUGGAAGUAGACCCAAAAAUGUUGAGGUUGCUGUUAACGCAACGACUGUCGCCAUGGGGUGCCAGAGAGCUGCUUGCGUGCAACUUAUUGUCUAACCUCAAAGUGCCAAGAAAGUCUACUGACGAAGACAGCCUUUAUAUAACUCAAGAAGAAUACCCGUUAUCUUAUUACCCUAUCAGCUGUUACGGUUGGGUAAUUCUGUACUCUCAAGACGUAGUGCGAUCGCUGCUGAGAGCCGCCCAAGCUUCGCCAUAUCUUUGGGUUGACGAUGUCUUCAUCACAGGAAUGUGUAGGUUGAAAAGUGAACUGUGUAUAACACCUAUCGGGGACUUAACUUCUUCAUGGAGACAAUUUCAGAUACACAUAUGGGCAAAUGCAACACAGAAAACAAAGGAAUUGGGAUUUCUUACUGAACCUAUAUUUCAUUUGAAGCAUUCUUAUGAUGAAAUUUUGUGAAAUCUGUUUAUAUCUACAAAUGAUUUAUUUAUAUAAGUAUUAAAAAAUAAAUUGUACAAUAAAAAAAUAUAUUUCCUUACCUAUUUUAAAACAGAGUUCUCUGCCGCGUCUGUAUGUCUGUUCACGGUAACCUCAAAAACUAUGGCACGGAUUUCAUC